GCGUGGCUCGCGUGGAGGCCCCACCCAGCCUUCCCCAUUGGCUGAGGCUGCCAGGGGCGGAGUCAGAGCGCACCUUUCCCGGCCUCCGCGGCUCCGCCCCAACGCAGGUCUAUGGGGAGGCGCUGCCCGGCCGGGUGAGGAGCCGGGGCCAGCGCACAGGAAGCCCCGUCCGGGGUCAUGGGGGGACAGGUGAGGUUGCCGCCCGGACAGCCUUGUCGGGAAGGCUCUGUGCUGACUCUGGUCUGUGCAAACUCCUCCCAGGCGUGGUGUGAGAUCACAAACGUGUCACAGCUGUGGGCUCCUCCUGUGCUCUACGAGGACCUGAAUUCCAGCACAACCAACUUGAGCAUUUCAGCAAAUGUGGAGAACAAAUACAGCCUCUACGUGGGCUUGGUACUGGCAAUCAGUUCCAGUAUUUUUAUUGGCUCCAGCUUCAUAUUGAAAAAGAAGGGCCUCUUGGAACUGACCAAAAAGGGCUUCACUAGAGCUGGACAUGGUGGACAUUCUUAUCUGAAGGAAUGGCUGUGGUGGGCAGGAUUAUUGUCAAUGGGAGCAGGAGAGGCUGCGAAUUUUGCUGCUUACACCUUCGCACCUGCCACCUUGGUCACCCCCCUGGGAGCUCUGAGUGUUCUCAUAAGUGCAAUAUUGUCUUCUUAUUUUUUAAAUGAGCACUUGAACAUUCAUGGAAAAAUGGGCUGCAUAUUAAGUAUACUGGGGUCAACUGUGAUGGUUAUCCAUGCCCCACAAGAAGAGGAAGUCACUUCUUUGCAUGAAAUGGAAAUGAAAUUAAGAGAUCCAGGAUUUAUUUCCUUCGCGGUGAUCAUAAUUGUGAUCUCAUUGGUGCUGAUUUUGAUUGUGGCUCCCAGGAAAGGACAGACCAAUAUAUUGGUCUACAUUUCAAUCUGUUCUUUGAUUGGAGCAUUUUCAGUUUCUUCCGUCAAAGGUCUGGGAAUUGCCAUUAAGGAACUUUUGGAAUGGAAGCCAGUUUACAAGAAUCCCCUGGUUUUUGUUUUGCUGGCUGUCCUUGUGCUCUCAGUGGCUACACAGAUCAACUAUCUCAACAAGGCACUGGACACGUUCAAUACGUCUCUGGUGACUCCCAUCUACUACGUGUUCUUCACGUCCAUGGUGGUGACCUGCUCUGCCAUCUUGUUCCAGGAGUGGUACGGCAUGAAAGCUGGAGAUGUCAUUGGGACUCUGAGUGGGUUCUUCACCAUUAUCAAUGGCAUCUUCCUUCUACAUGCUUUCAAGAAUACUGACAUUACCUGGAGCGAGCUGACGUCCACGGCCAGGAAAGAAGUCCUCUCUCUGAAUGGCAAUGAAAACAAUUACGCUUUACUGGAGAACAUGGAGCAUUUGACCCCCGGGUACAAUGAUGAUAUUACCUUGUUUAGCAGAACUGGUGGUCAAAGUCUCUAGAAACUCUGAAAUUUAGCCAAUAUGAGACAUUCAGAGACGAGAAGGAAUGCUCACUUUUUAGGAAGAACCACUAGGAAAAUUAGCUUUUUUUUAAAAGACAGAAUCACACUCUGUUCCUCAGGAUACAGUGCCUUGGCAUCAAAGCUCACAGCAACCUCAAACUCUUGGGCUCCAGCAAUCCUCCUGCUUCGGCCUCCCAGGUAGCUGAGACCACAGGUGCCUACCACAACACCCAGCUUCAAAGUUAGCAUUUUUAAAGUUCUAGCUAAUAAUGUAGAUGUGAGGCCAAGUGAAAAUGCCUUCAUUUUGGCCAUUGAAUUUGAAAAUUGAGUUUUUAUCCUCUUCCAGAAGACAUAUGCUUCUUUUCAUUUCUGCAAACUUUUGAAAUAUUCCCUAAGCAUAAAAAGAAAUGGACAAAGAGUUAUAUGUAUCUCAGAAUAAUCUUUUGUCUGGCCACAAUCUACUUGACUCUGCCACAUGGCUCGUUAGGCUGGUGAUAAUUCAUGGAUAUAAAGUUGACUGUGCUCUGAUAAGCAGAGUGUCAGUCACCAUUCUCUGAAUCAUAAUUUCAAAUUAUUAAAACUUAAAAGUAAGGUCGCUGGUGCUUUGUACUCCCUUCCACAGAUUCCUUCUUUUUAAACUAGAUAGGCACUGAGUGAGUGUUACAGAGAAAAACAGGCCUGCUGUAGAAAUCUAUUCCUUAGUGAGAGGGAACUCACAAGACAGCCUUCCCAUGAAGAGCUGACGGAUUGUAAUUUAUUGACAAACCAUAGGAGUUAAUUACCAAUUAUCUCAGGUGAAGAAAUACAGUUUUUUUUUUCUUUUUAUGAACACACAAAUGAUUGUGUUCACAGGUGCCUUUAACUUAGACCUGGGGGACAUAAGACAAAAUGGAGUUUCUGGAAAAGUCCAAGUGAAUUCAGCUUUGGAGUUACUCGUGUUCAUAUUCCUUUUAUUUACUGUUAUCCCAAAGGUAUGUGCUGUUAUUUUUGAUGUAGAGAUUUUUUAUAAAUAAUUGCUACAUUACUUCAGGAUUAUAUUGCACAAUUUAGUUUUUCUCAAAUGUUUUUAAAUAUUCAAAUGUUUUAAUGGGUUUAAAUAUUUUAAGCCCAUUAAAGUGUAGGUUUUUCACAGACUAGAAUCAGAAAAAUCUUUGCAAAAACCUGAACAAAUUCUUUUAAUAGUUCUCUAAAAAUGUGGUUCUUUUACCUUUUCUUUUUGCAGUUUUUGGCCGGGGCUGGGCUCGAACA